GGUUUCCCCAUCGACAACAUGCACAAACGUGCCCGAUGCAUUGACACAAUCAUCCUCGGCAUCCGACAUCUCGAGGAGUGACUGCAUUAGCAGCGCCACUCGCUUUUGUUUUGACAGCUUGCACGACGCUCCAUCCGCCAAAUCUCUCCUUGCCAACGCCAUCGCUCCUUCCACCUAACGCAGGGACGCCGCAAUGUCACAGACAGAGGCAGAUCCCAUUCUCCUUUCCCUGUUUGCCGCUCGCUUCAUGGCAGUGGCCGAGACGAUGGGCAGAUCGCUACAGCAGACUUCUAUCUCGACCAACAUCAAGGAGCGUCUCGACUUUAGCUGCGCACUAUUCUCUCCCAAUGGCGACUUGGUCGCCAACGCCCCACAUCUGCCUGUUCAUCUUGGCUCCAUGAGCUUCGCGGUGCGCUAUCAGAUCGAAAGGGCAAAAAGCGGAGAGCCUAUCGAGGAUGGGGAUGUGAUUUUGGCGAAUCACCCUGCUGCUGGUGGAAGCCACUUGCCGGACAUUACAUGCAUUACACCAGUAUUUGAAGAGCGAGGCAAGGAUCUCAUCUUCUUCACUGCCAGCAGAGGGCACCAUGCUGAUAUCGGUGGCAUCCUGCCCGGCUCCAUGCCGCCCACAUCCAAGACGUUGUUUGAAGAGGGAGCACAAAUCAAGUCUUUCAAGCUUGUGCGCAAAGGCAAGUAUGAUAGAGAUGGGCUUGUAAGGCUCAUGAGCGAAGAGCCUGCCAAGUACGAAGGCUGCUCAGGCACUCGCUGCUUUAGGGAUGUGGAGAGCGACCUGCAUGCACAGAUCGCUGCCAAUCGAAAGGGAGUGCAGCUCAUUCAGAUGCUGGUAGAUGAAUGGAGUCUAGAGACUGUGCAAAGGUACAUGACUGCGAUCCGCGACAACGCAGCGCUCGCAGUGCGAAAUCUCUUGAGAGACGUUGCCAAGCGCAAUGGCACCGAGCUCUGGGCUAGAGAUUACAUGGAUGACGGCUCGCCGAUCGAGCUACGCGUUACCAUCGAUACGGAGAAGGGAUCAGCAGUCUUUGACUUUGAGGGCACCGGUCCGGAGGUGCAAGGCAACCACAAUUGUCCACGAUCAGUCUCUCAUAGCGCCAUCAUCUACUGCCUGAGAAGCAUGGUGUCCAACGACAUUCCUCUCAAUCAAGGAUGUCUCGAGCCCAUCGAAGUCAAGAUCCCCAAGGGCAGCUUGCUAGACCCCAGCGACUCUGCUGCAGUGGUUGGAGGUAAUGUGUUGACGAGCCAGCGCAUCACGGACGUCGUCUUGAAAGCGUUCAAAGCGGCUGCCGCAAGUCAAGGAGACUGCAACAAUCUCACCUUCGGUCUGGGAGGCAGGAAGCCUGAUGGUACACAUGUGGAAGGAUUUGGGUACUACGAGACCAUUGCUGGCGGAAGCGGUGCUGGACCAGACUGGCACGGAACCAGCGGCGUGCACACACACAUGACCAACACGCGCAUCACGGACCCCGAGAUCAUGGAACGCCGGUAUCCCCUCGUCCUGAGGCAAUUCGCUUUGAGGGACGACUCAGCCGGUGCUGGAAAGUAUAGAGGAGGAGAAGGUGUCAUUCGGGACAUUGAAUUCUUGAUGCCGGACAUGCAAGUGAGCAUCCUCAGCGAGCGUCGCGUCUACCGUCCGUAUGGACUGGAAGGUGGGCAGUCUGCUGCUUGUGGUAAGAACCUGUGGAUCAAGCAGAGAAGGCAAGCGGACGGAGAUGUCAUCGAAGACGACGAAGAAGAGAAUACGCGCCCCCGCACCAUCAACCUUGGAGCCAAGACCACAACGAAGAUGGGCAGGCUGGACAGAAUCGUCAUUCACACGCCGGGCGGGGGUGGUUGGGGUACCCCGGACAAUGAGGAUGCGGCUCAGCAAGAUGGCGCGCGGGACCGCACGUAUGGCGGCCACCGCGGUAGUCUGGUGGAGAGACAAAGUGCUCAGCUUGGUGCGUGAUCGCUUUCAUGUGAUGUACUGCCAAGCGCUUCUGCAAUCAAGAAAGACGCCAAGGAUUUUGAGUGAUUGGCCUGCUCAGAA